AAGGUCAGAUAUAUAAAUGAGCGAUAGUUUCCUCGUCUUAUCUAUGCCAAUCUAUUACUUUAAACUACGAGAGUAUGAGCAUACGGGGAGAGGAUGUUACGCGUAACUCCUACCAGCUGAUUACCAUAACAGACAGGUAGCACCUUUAAAGUUUUAACACGGUUCUACGGGUUAGUGCCACAGCGCCACCAAACCCUCGAAGAAAACUCGAUUGAAGAAAACAGUAUGGCGCCGUCCAGACCGGUCACAAUUUUUCUUUGACUGUCUUACUCAUACAUGUGUUACGUUAAAUAGAUAAGUUACACGCGGGAUUUCUAUCGUCGUUUAAUCAACGCUUUCCAUAAACAUUCAUGAACAAGUCUCGUCUCGAAGAAUGGAUAAUCACGUAACGUUACCGAUUUCGGUCAUCGAAGCUUUGAGGGAGACUUUUGUAGCGGCAGAUACAGAUGGAAGAGGAUAUAUCGACUGUAAAAGCGUCGUUAACCUGAUUCGUAGGGUACUAGGUUCAGCCAUAGCUAAUUCUGACAGAGAAAGACUUCUAGGAAAAGCCGAGUUACUAGCAAAAAGAGGUUUAUUGAAUGUGAAUGAUUACAUAGCAAUCAUGUCUGAUACACUAACCGAAACAACACAGUGGGGAUAUUUGAAAACAGAUAUUUGGGGAUACGUCGGUAUCGACACACUGCAAGAGCAGAUACGCAAGAAAGCUUUAAAACAAGGAUUCGAAUUCAAUCUUCUGGUCGUUGGAAGGAGCGGUUUGGGAAAGUCAACGCUCUUAAAUACUCUCUUCAAAUCCUACGUUAGUCGCAAAAGUUGCACAAAGGACGAGAACAAUCAAGAAUGUAAAAUACAGCAAACGACAGAAAUUAAAUCGAUUACUCAUUUAUUAGAAGAAAAAGGCGUUAGAUUACGUCUAACAUUAACAGACACCCCAGGAUUUGGAGAUCAAAUCAAUAAUGAAAAUUGUUGGCUACCAAUUCAAGAAUAUAUUAAUGAACAAUAUGAAAAAUAUUUAAUAGAAGAGCAAUGUAUAACCCGAAAAAGAAAUAUAACCGAUUCAAGAGUUCAUUGUUGUCUCUAUUUUAUUCCUCCAUCAGGACAUAGCUUAACUCCUCUGGAUAUUGAAUUUAUGAAGAGACUAGAUAAAAUUGUUAAUAUAGUUCCUGUUAUUGCUAAAGCAGAUACUCUGACUAUUGAAGAAAGAUUAGCAUAUAAACAUAUGAUUAGGAGAACGCUAGAAGAGAACGAUAUAGCAUUUUAUCCAAUGAAAUACUUAGAGGAAGAUCCAGAUGAAAUAGUUACUAAUAAUAAAAUAAGAGAUAUGAUACCUUUCGCCGUGGUCGGUAGCGAUAAACAAUACGAGGUCAACGGUAAAAUGGUCUAUGGUCGGAAAACUCAAUGGGGAGUCGUAGAAGUAGAAAACCGACAUCACUGUGAAUUUUCAGAUAUGAGAGACAUGUUAAUAAGGACACACAUGCAAGACCUUAUCGACAUAACUAAGUUGGUACAUUAUGAAAAAUUCCGAAGGGAACGACUGAGCGCCAGGCAGUCACUUCAUAUUAAUGGAAGAGUUGAAGACGGAGACAUGCAUCAGCUGAGUAGAGAAGGAAAUCGAUCCAGUGUCUAUGGAACGAAACCUACAAGUCGACCUCCGCCACCGCCUCCACCCAAUCAUCCUGCUUUGUAUUCUAGCAACCACAUUGGCAGUAGGUCUAGGAGUCAUGUUACCUCGAUUAACCAUAAAAAUAGCAUUACUAGUAACCAUAACGAUGCUGUUCCCAGUCAGGAUAUUGCCACAAAUGAGGAACAGCCGAUCGAUAUUGAUAAUUUAAAUGAGAGUUCUCUCUGAUAACUGACGUAUGCCAAAAAAGUACUUAGAAGGAAAGUCAUUAAGAAAAAAAAAACACAAUUAUUACUAUUAAAUUUUAUUGAAAAAAGGAUAAAAAUUGCAUAUAAAUUUUUAUACAUUUGCAAAAUGAAAUUUUUAAAUUUGCUCAAAAGAUUUAAAUGGAUUAACGAUUGCUGCAUAUUAAUAUAAUUUAAUGUCCAUCGCUGAUUAUAUUUUUGAAUAAUUAAAACGUUAUGGAAAGCCCAUGUGAUAAUUUUUGUUUUAAAAUUGCCAGUGUUACAUCGACGAGAAAUCUGGGCUGAAAAAGUUAAUUCUAUGUUACUUACGCACGAAUGAAGCAAGAAAUUCUGUAAAUAUGGCAAUAUUAAAUAUAUAGUUUGUGAAUUUAAAUUCUAAAUUAUUCAUUUAUGAGCAAAAAUAAUAGAGGCCUUUUAUAUUUUAUAUGGAAUUUGUGAUUGUGUUAUACGAAUUGCACACUUUUUAAUUCUAAACAUUAAAAUGUAAAUUGUAAAACGUUGCCAAAUCUAGUACAUGUGACCCCCCCUUAAUUCAAUUCGAAAGAGCUGAGGCAAUAUUAAAUUUGGAUGUGUUUUUCACUGAAAAUUUUAUAGAAUUUAGAUAUUUACACGACGUGGCAAACUUUAUGCCUUUUUAUAACAGUUAUAUAUGUCCAUAUUGUAUGUAUAUAUAUUAAAAAAAAACAAAAAACGAUGAUUAUGUUAUGUUGAAUUAUUCAUCUACAUCUUUAAUUAUUUUAGGAGUAAAGAAUGUUCUGAAGAUCUCCUGAAAGAACCUCAAAAUCAUCAAAUUUUGUUGUGAUUGUUCAAAGUAAAAAACAUUUGUUAAAAAUAAGAUAUUUUUGUAAUAAUAAUAGUUCUAAAUGUUUGUCGUCGAGCUCAUUUUUUUUUGUUUGCCAAUUUUACGAUUUAUCUUUGAUGUUACAAGUGAUGUUUUUCUUAAUUUUUUUUUUCUUUCUCCUUGUAUAAAAAGUAUUUAUAAUAUAAAUUAAUCAUUUUUAAUUGUCUAAUAAAUAUGUUUAAAAUUAUUUAUGCCUUAUUUUAAUGUGCUUUUAAGUACACUUUUCUUUUAUUAGUAUUAAAAUUAAACAUAUAUAAUCAAAUAUAUUUUGCAUUAGGACCAAAGUGGUUAAGGUGGCAUCCUACUAACAUGGAGACUGGGAUUAAAUCCCUGCAGGCAUUUCUGAGAAUUUUUUCAGUAUCAGUCUGUUCCUGAUAUGUUGGGGCCACAUGGUCAUAAUUGUGAACCACGACAGGCAUAAGAAAAAGGCCCUCUUGUGCCCUUGGACACUCAAAAUGAAAAUUUAUUUGUGCUUGUAAUCUUCAAUUUUAGAAUGACCCUACAUUCAAAAUAUAUUGCAAUGUAUUGUUGACAAUUGUUUCUAAAGUGUUCAGUAAUAUGAUGCCUUCUUUCUGCUACCAUUUAGGGUCAUCACCAACCAUUCUUUUCCUUAAAGAUCAAAUAAAUCAUAAUAAUGCAGUAAUAAUAAUAAUGCUGGCUACAUCUCAUUAA